GCUCUCCGGAAAACGGAACUCUCCUUUGCGUAUGAUCUAAACAUAAGGGCUGUACUUUAGUUUAUAUUCGCCUUUUCGUCCAUUAAAUUAGCUGUUUAUCUAUUUAAAGGUCUGUUUGACAAUGUGUGAUUUGUAGAAACAAACUGCAGGCGUCAUCGCUGUGGUAAGGCGUGCUGUCCAUAUUCUGCAGCGUUUACAUGUACAGCUAAUGCUAACGUUAAUUUCACCACUGGGUAAUAUUUAAUAUCGUUAUAAAUACGGAAUAUUUACAAUGUCCGGGAGCUUUUAUUUCGUCAUGGUCGGUCAUCACGAUAACCCAGUGUUUGAGCUGGAGUUUCUCCCUCCUGGAAAAGCAGAAUCAAAGGACGAUCACAGACACCUAAAUCAGUUCAUCGCUCACGCUGCUCUGGAUCUGGUGGAUGAAAACAUGUGGCUCUCCAACAACAUGUACCUCAAGACUGUCGACAAGUUUAAUGAGUGGUUUGUUUCUGCUUUUGUCACUGCAGGUCAUAUGAGGUUUAUAAUGCUGCACGACGUCCGGCAAGAAGACGGAAUCAAGAACUUCUUUAAUGAUGUCUAUGACCUGUACGUCAAGUUUGCGAUGAAUCCCUUCUAUGAGGUCAAUGCACCGAUUCGCUCCACAGCUUUCGAGAGGAAAGUGCAGUUUCUGGGGAAGAAGCAUCUGCUCAGUUGAUUUUAUUUUUGCUAUAAAUAUGCAAAUGUGUUGAUUAUAUGGCCUCAUAUUUACUCAUUAUUGUCAGCUCUUAUCCACGCUGUCACCAUCAGCCGAUUCGAAUGUUAUCACUCGAUUGAAUGGCCGUUAUCAGCUGAUAGAUAUGGGCCAGUAGGGGCCUUUUGCGCCCACUGGUAGGCUCAAAAGGCUGUUAUCAUCCAUCCGCAGGGUUUAUCAGCUGUAGAUCACAUAUGGCUGAGACUAGAAGUUAACAAGAAUUAUUUAUAUAAUUUAUUACAUUUCCUAUUAAUUGUAUUUUAUUAAUGUCUACCCCAACCCUAAACCCACCCGUCACAGUAAUGUAAAGCAGAUCUGGAUCUGGAGUCUUCUCUAUUAGUUCAGCUGAUUAACCACAAGAUUUAUUUAUCAUAUUUAUUAAAUUUCCCAUAAAUUUUAUUUGAUUAACGUCUACCCCAACCCUAAACCAAACCUGCCAACACUCCCGUUUUACCCAGGAGUGUCCCAUAUGUCAGACUUGCCUCUUGUCACCCUCUUGUUUUCAGCUGAUAAAUAUGGGCCAAUAGAGGCCUUCUGCACCUACUGCUAUACUAAUACUAAUGGCUUAGAUGGCUACUAAGCUAUACACUUGGUUAAUCAGCUAUACUAGUAGAGAAGACUCCAGACCUGUUUUACAUCACUGUGUGGCUGGGUUUAGGGUUGGGGUAGGGCAGGGGUGUCAAAGUCAGUUCCUGGAGGGCUGCAGCUCUGCACAGUUUAGUUCUAACCCCAAUUAAACACACCUGAUCAAACCAAUUGAGUGCUUUAGGCUUGUUUGAUACCUACACAUAGGUGUGUUGACGUGGAGCUGGAACUAAACUCUGCAGGGCUCCAGCCCUCCAGGGACUGACUUUGACACCCCUGUCCUACCCCAACCCUAAACCAUACCUGCCAACACUCCCGUUUUUCCAAGGAGUGUCCCAUAUUUCAAACUCGUCUCCCGCCACCCUCCUGUUUUAGCCGAUAAAUAUGGGCCAAUAGAGGCCUUCUGCACCUACUGUUAUCAUCCAUCCACAUGGUUAAUCAGCUAUACUAAUAGAAAAGACUCCAGAUUCAGAUCUGUUUUACAUUACUGUGACGGUUGGGGUAGGGCAGGGGUGUCAAAGUCAAUUCCUGGAGGGCCGCAGCUCUGCAGUUUCAUUUCAACCCUAAUUAAACACCUGAUCAAACUAAUUGAGUGCUUUAGGCUUGUUUGAUACCUACACAUAGGUGUGUUGACGUGGAGCUGGAUCUAAACUCUGCAGGGCUCCGGCCCUCCAGGAAUUGGCUUUGACACCCCUGUCCUACCCCAACCCUAAACCACACCUGCCAACACUCCCGUUUUUCCAAGGAGUGUCCCAUAUUUCAAACUCGUCUCCCGCCACCCUCCUGUUUUAGCCGAUAAAUAUGGGCCAAUAGAGGCCUUCUGCACCUACUGUUAUCAUCCAUCCACAUGGUUAAUCAGCUAUACUAAUAGAGAAGACUCCAGAUUCAGAUCUGUUUUACAUAACUGUGACGGUUGGGGUAGGGCAGGGGUAUCAAAGUCAAUUCCUGGAGGGCCGCAGCUCUGCAGUUUCAUUUCAACCCUAAUUAAACACCUGAUCAAACUAAUUGAGUGCUUUAGGCUUGUUUGGCACCUGCAGAUAGAUGUGUUGAGGGCUGCGGCCCUCCAGGAAUUGACAUUGACACCCCUGUCCUACACCAAACGCCACAGUAAUGUAAAACAGAUCUGGAUAUGGAGUCUUCUCAAUUAGAUUAGCUGAUUAACCAUGUGGAUGGAUGAUAACAGUUCUCUGAACCUACCAGUGGGCGCAGAAGGCCCCUACUGGCCCAUAUCUAUCAGCUGAUAACGGCCAUUAAAUCAAGUUAUAACAUUGGAAGCGGGUGCAGCUACUACAAAACAAUCGAUCUGUAAAUAAAAACAUUUGUGAAGUAGUGUGUGACAACAUCAACAACACAUUUCUGCAGUGAUUACACAAUAAAAGCUGUUCUCAUUUACUGGAUUUUGUACAAUACCGUUAUCAAAUCACACCUUAAAUAAACAAUGUCAACAAGUA